AUGCAAUCAAUAAUUGCUCCAUUAGUUUCUCAUCGAAUCUGUCUUGCUCCUCCUCCUAUCCCUCGCCACCGUCUUCUCAGCCACCGUCCUCAUUCAAUCCGCCUCCCAAGCCACCGUUCCACCACCUCCCUCCGCCUCUUCUUCUCCUGCGCAGCAGCGAGUCGGGACAGUGAAAUGGCGGCAACAACUAAUGAUGUGCAAGAUCCCAGAAUCCCCAAGAUCGCCUCUUCCAUUAGAGUCAUCCCCGACUUCCCUAAACCAGGGAUCAUGUUCCAGGACAUAACCACGCUUCUUCUCGACACUGAGGCCUUUAGGGACACCAUCGAUAUGUUUGUUGAAAGAUACAAAGGGAAAGACAUAUCAGUUGUUGCAGGUGUUGAAGCAAGGGGUUUCAUUUUUGGCCCUCCUAUUGCAUUGGCUAUUGGUGCCAAAUUCGUUCCCAUGAGGAAGCCCAAGAAGCUACCUGGGAAGGUUAUCUCUGAGGAGUAUUCGCUGGAGUAUGGAACCGAUAAGAUCGAGAUGCAUGUAGGUGCAGUGGAGCCUGGCGAGCGUGCCAUUAUCAUCGACGACCUCAUUGCCACGGGUGGGACUCUCGCUGCUGCAAUCCGACUUCUUGAGCGAGUAGGAGUGAAGAUUGUGGAGUGUGCUUGCGUGAUUGAGUUACCAGAGCUUAAGGGAAGGGAGAGACUAGGAGAGACGCCUCUAUUUAUUCUUGUAAGCUCGGCUGCUUAA